AUGAGCUCUCUACGGUGCCCCUCCCGGGGCACGAAGGACCGCGAGGUGGCGGCGAGCCUGCGCUACCGCUCCGGCACCGGAGCCGGGGAGCUGCCGGCCGCCGCAGGGGGCGUUCCGCCGCCCCCCGCCGCCCCUUUGGCCCUGCAGACGGCUCCCCACCUCCUGGCCAGCAUGCACCUCCAGAAGCUCAACAGCCAGCACCGCGCCGCGGGGGGAGUCCGGCGCUCCCAGGAGCCCCGCUCGCCACCCGGCUGGGGCUUGGGGACGCGGGGCGCGGGCAAUCUCUCCCCCCCGGCCGCCGGCCCCGGCAUCAUCGACUCGGACCCGGUGGACGAGGAGGUGCUCAGGGCGCUGGUGCUGGAGCUAGGCCUCGACAGGGCGGACGAGCUGCCGGAGCUCUGGCUCGGCCACCACGAGUUCGACUUCCCCGCGGACUUGCCGGCCGGCUGCUGA